CAAGAACCAAGCAACGGGAGUCAACAACAACAACCUAAAUCUAAAGGGGAAAAAAUACUUCAACGACUUAAAAGGAUAAUAUUGGGAUAAACAUAAGAACUGGUGCCCUCAAAACAUUGGUUGCCAUGGCAACUUCCGGAUACUCUGAGGACCUUCAGCCUCAGCAGGCCAACACGGUAACCAUAGCAACACCUCCUGCCACCACAACCUCAUCUGCAAAGACGGCACACUUCCUGUCCGAGAUCCCACCAACCUCUGGAACCAUUGUAUCGGCCAACCAAUCGUCCGCCGCCUCAAAAACAGGACAGGAUGCACUUUGUUCUCAAGCGCCACCCACCAGCCAGAGCCAGAAGGCAGUGGUUCUGACGACGCCCACGCAGCACUAUGUGAACCCAGAUAUCCAGCAUUCUGCUGUCCAGAAAAGUAAUGGUCAGAGCAACUCGCCCCAGUACAUCAUAGUAACUGUUACAGAGGGCUCUGUUCACUCCAAUGACAGCCUGUCAGACUCCAGCCCACCUGCCCCUGGUGGUCCUACUCAGGUGGUCCAACCAGUGCAGUCCACCCAGCAGAGGUCAGUGUUGCAGGCGGUGUCGCAGGCAGCCAAGAGGAUUCAGUCUGGCCGCAUCAACAAUCCACAGUCUGUGCACAUCAACAAUCCACAGUCUGUGCACAUUAGCCAGGAGGUGGAGCAUGUGUACUCUGGACAGGUGCAGUAUGUGGACGGAGGAGGAGAUGUGACUUUUACUACGUCCUCCAUUCGAUCGAGCAACUACCCCUUCUCCAACUCGCCCCUCUACUCCCAGACCCCUCCCACCUCCUCCUCCUCCUACUACGAGACCACGCCCAGCACUGAGUCAGACAUCACCGGCUCUGUGACAUCGCAGGCGGUUUCUGUGGCAACAGCGGGAGCCAAUUGUGGGGGAGCUACUGCUGGUGGAGGGGGCUAUGUCAUUCAGGGAGGUUAUAUGUUAGGAGGAGGAGGAGCGGCAGGUGGAGGACAGACUUUCUCCAGCCCUAACUCUCGUGCCCCACCCGCUACUGUGCAGUGGCUGUGUGAUAACUAUGAGGGGGCGGAGGGGGUGAGUCUACCUCGCUGCACCCUCUACUACCACUACCUGCUGCACUGCCAGGAGCAGAAACUAGAACCUGUUAAUGCUGCAUCCUUCGGCAAACUCAUCAGGUCGGUCUUCAUGGGGCUAAGAACACGGAGAUUAGGGACCAGAGGGAACUCAAAGUACCACUACUAUGGCCUGAGGAUCAAAUCUGGUUCCGCACUGCUCAGACUGAUGGAUGAACAACAGCACAUGGCGAUGAGGCAGCAGCCUUUCUCUCAAAAAAACAGGAUAAAGCCACUUCAUAAGGCCCAGGGGAUCUCCAAUGGGACUUCAGGUGGGAUGGGUCAGCAGGCCUCGGGACUUUGUGAUAUUUCAGCGCAGGUGCAACAGUAUCAGCAGUUUCUUGAGCCAUCAAGGCCGCUGCCAGACUUUGUGGACAUUGAUGUGCAGGAUCGAACCCUGCCUGAUGGGAUCCUCUUAGAGCACCUCAAGGCCUUUCAGACUCUCUACAGGGAGCACUGUGAGGCCAUUCUGGACGUGAUGGUCAACCUGCAGUUCACCCUCGUGGAGACACUGUGGAAAUCCUUCUGGAGGUUCAGCCAGAGCAGUGACCCAGAAUCACUCAACCUGCACAACGAGUCUGAGAAGCGUCUGCCCAAAUCCUGCCUGGUGGUGUUGUGUAAGUAUGAGCCGGUGCUGCGCUGGACCAAAGAUUGCGACAACCUGCUCUACCAGACUCUGGUGGAGAUCCUCAUCCCUGAUGUACUCAGACCCAUCCCUAGUGCCUUAACUCAGGCCAUUCGCAACUUUGCCAAGAGUCUGGAGAACUGGUUGACAGGCGCCAUGAUGAACAUCCCAGAAGAGAUGGUUCGCAUAAAGGUGGUGUGUGUGAACUCCUUCUCCCAGACGCUGCGCCGCUACACCAGCCUGAACCACCUGGCCCAGGCGGCCCGUGCCGUCCUGCAGAACACAGCCCAGAUCAACCAGAUGCUCUCAGACCUCAACCGCGUUGAUUUCACUAACGUACAGGAGCAGGCAUCCUGGGUUUGUCAGUGUGAGGACCGUGUGGUUCAGCGGCUGGAGCAGGACUUUAAAAUGACGCUGCAGCAGCAAAACUCUCUUGAGCAGUGGGCUACCUGGCUGGACGGUGUCGUCUCCGAGGCCCUGAAGCCCUACGAGCACAACUCUGCCGCUCUACCAAAGGCUGCCAAGGUCUUCCUGCUCAACUGGUCCUUCUAUAGCUCCAUGGUGAUCCGGGACCUGACUCUGCGCAGUGCUGCCAGCUUCGGCUCCUUUCACCUGAUCCGCUUGCUGUAUGAUGAGUACAUGUACUACCUGAUAGAACACAGGGUGGCCCAGGCUAAAGGAGUGACACCCAUUGCGGUCAUGGGAGAAUUUGCCAGCACCGUCAAGAGCCGAAUCUCUCGGGACAUGGAGAAAGAAGAAGAGGAGGAUGAUGAGGAAGAGGAGAGCGAAGACGAGGGCGGCGAUCUGGUGCUGCAGUCCAGCUCUCUGAGUGCGAUGGACGACGAGAAGGACCCGAUGGAGCCGCCCGCCAAGCUGCCCCGAACGAGUUUCAAUCUGCACACUCUGACCGACAGCUCAACACCUUAGCUACACAUUCGGAGAAUUAUCACACACACACACACACACACACACACACACACACACACACUUAACACACACCUUUGCUUUAAGUUUCACAUCAUGCCAUCCCAUUCUGUCACCCUGUGUACGCUUUGGGUUUUGCAAACAGCUGAUGUUUGGUGUCGAGCGUGUUGUGGUUCCGGUGUGAUUGUGUAAUCAUGUGAAAAAGUGGAAAAGCCUUUUGCCAAUUUUGUACUUUUGUGCUGCUGCCAUUCUUUAUCUCUCUGCCUUCGCCUGAUAUUUUACAGUCCUUGCCUCGUUCCCUGUGCCUUCCCUGUUUAUCCGGUGGCUAGUUACCUGUAGCCACUCCUGUCCAGCCUCAUCGAUCUUGUACAUAGUCUUGAUUCCCUCCUGCCCGGCCUUAACCACUGACCUGAUUCCUGUGGAGAGAUCAGAAGACCCCGGUGUUCUUCAUUGUAAUCCAAAAUAUCUCUUACCUUGCCUUUAAAGCAGUGACUAUGCAGGCAAGCUGGACUUUAAUGAACACAACUGUCUGAAAUAUACUUUUUAAUCUCAGUGUAGCAUCUGGAAUGAUACUGCAUUAUGAAUUUUGUUGGGACAUGGAUGUUGAUUCACAGCUGUGUGUGGAUGCCAUAUUUUAAAUCAUGUCAUUUCUUAUUAAUUUGGCCAAUUAACUGAUACCCUGUGCCUUUGAGAGAUUGAAAAAAAAAAGCUUGUAUUCUAUAUAUUCUGUGUUGGUGGAUUAAUAAAUGAAGGUCCUGUGAAGUAGUCUUGGUGUUGUCA